AUGGAAAGAGGUGCCACACUGAGGGCCUGGUGUGCCACCAAAAAGAAAUCAGUGUUUCAAACAAAGAACACCUCCAAGAGCAACCCAGUCAGUCUGUCUCUCUCCAUCUCUGCCAGAGACUCAGCUAGACCUGAGGGGGUGGUUCUAUCCGUUUCCUCACUGGGAGCCCAAAGAGAAGGCCGGUCAAAAGAGGAUGACGUAGCGACCCAGCUCCAUAACUCAGGUCCCAGUAGUAUCCGGGAGGCGGAGCUCCAGGUGGGCUGGCCCUCUCGUUUCCGUGACGAACACCUGCUCUACGCUCUGGAGGUUCUAACAGAUGGACCAAUCAGCUGCCGGAGCAACACCAGCCUCAACCCCCUGGGCCUACAGACAUCCUCUGUCCAGGACACUCCAGAAUUGUUAGGCUUUCUGAGAAACAGUAGCUCUCCUCACCGCUACAGACGAGCCACCAGCGCUGCCCAGCCCUACAGCAGCAAGACCCUGAACUGCAGUAACAUCAUUUGUGUAAGAGUUCUGUGUGUGGUCGGGCGGUUGGACCGUGGUCAGAGCGCUGUAGUCAAGAUCCGCUCCCGACUCUGGGCUCACACCUUCCUCCAGAGACGUAACGACCCAUACCUCCUCAACUCUACCGUGUCCUUCAGAGUGACGGCCCUGCCCUACCGCCUCCAACCCUCCUCCUUACCCCAACACACCACUUCAAUGGGUACACUGGUGCUGUGGGGGACUCCUGAUGUGGCGUUUGCUGUUCCUCUGUGGGUCAUCAUCCUAGCUAUCCUACUGGGACUGCUGGUCCUGGCCAUGCUAACACUGGCUAUGUGGAAGUGUGGGUUUUUUGACCGGGCACGGCCGCCAGCAGAUGACGUGUCAGACCGUGAGCAGCUGACCUCUGACCAAUUAGCAGACGCCUAAGAACACCCACUGGCGCCAUGGAGACCAGUUCCUGAUUCGAGGAGGCUGUUUGGGAUGAGUUCCACCUCUUGAGUGAAAUUCAACUGAAAUGAGAUCUGCAGGCAGACUGCAAACUCACAGAUCAAAGGUUAUUUACCCCUUUUAAAGCUGAUCUGUCAUCAGUGAGUGGACUGCAAGCUCACAGGCCAAAGGUUCUUUACCCCCUUUAGAGUUGAUCUGACAUCAGUGAGUGGACUGCAAACUCACAAACCAAAGGCUGAAGUGCCAUUAAGACUGGUAUUCAAACAGCACCAGAGAGACUGGGAACAAUGCACACAGACGGAACUACACACAUUAACACUCUUUAAGCAAACACAAUGACUUGGAUGUAUAUGAGGCCUCAAGACAAGAAGAAUGGACUCUGGUUCUAACCCUGGUUGUAGUUGAAUAUGUUUCUAUGCACCGCUUGCCUCUGUGGGUUAGACUACUUGGGGAUCUGUAUGGUUGGAUAAUUCAGUUGGAGCUAACCAGCCUGACUUACUUCAAAUGGAGUUACCAUCUGAUGUCAGUGACUUGGUGUCCGCCUGCUUUCACUGUUAAAUACAUUCCAUCAUUGAUCAAUCACACACAUGCACACAUACAUGCGCACACACAUGAAUACACACGCAUGCACACACACACACACACACAGGGGGCUGUAUAUAUCUAUGGAUGGUGUAUGUGCAAUAUUGGGACAUUCUGUGUGAUACUGAAGCUUGUUUACACUGGUAUUAUUUUAUUAGAACUUGAUGUUCAAAUU